UAAAGAAAGCAACCAAAGCACGCACUUUUAAUUUCUUUCUAGGACUUCACACUUUGCUUUGCAUUAGAAAUAAUUUACACCUCACUUUGCAGCUACCCACCGCUCGAAACAAAAAAAUGCAAUGUUCAGAAGAAACUCUCGCUAGUUUCUUCUACAAUGUCUCCAGCCUCUCCUUUCUUCUUCUCCUUUUCAUCUACUACUCGUCCAUCUCCCUCUUCAAGUUCUUCCACUUCAUCGGCAGUUACCCUUUAAUCCAAAGAACUCAGAGUGAGUACGAUUACAGUUUGUAUUCGGAUGAAGAUGGCGAGGAGGAGGAAGAAGAAGUUUGUACGGAAAAAGAUCACUUGGUGGCAGACAUAAUCCACGGCGGCGAAUCACUUGUAUUUCUGCAUAACAACGCCGUCCACCGGAGCCAACAAAUUCAUGUUCAGGAAUUUAUUAACCAGGAAGAUGACAAAGUCGUUGAAGAUCAUCAAGAAUAUCAAAGUUUUGAUAGCUCUCAAUAUUCAGCUCUAGACUCAUCACCAUGCUCAGAAUCUGAACAUGAAGGCGAUCAUGAUGAUGAUGAGCUUGAAGAAGAAGAAGAAGAAGAAGAGAUCCCACCAACGGAAUCCGAUUCAGCCUACAAUUCCGUUCCAAAUCACGACGGCGCCACCACCCCAAUUCCCAGCAGUGGUUUUGUAGAAAAUGACCAAAACUGUUACGUUGCAGAAACUGUUUUACAUCAAGAAACUGAGAUCAAGAAGGAGGAGAAAUUUUUUACAGGAGAUGGAAAUUAUGUAAUUUUGACGAGAACCCAGGUGGAUUCUAGCAGGAAGAUUCAAGUUGAAGAAAAGGAUAUUAUUGAUGAAGAGAUCUAUGGUGACUCGUGUACUAAUGGGUCUACUUCUAAAAGCUCAUCUGAAUGGAGGAGCUCCAUCAAUUGCAGAGAUUCAGGAACUGAAGAUCCUUUCUCUUCUUCCUCCAGAAGAAGCUGCCCCAAGUGGGAAUCCUACACGGUUUUUCAGAAAUAUGAUGAAGAAAUGAUGUCCCUCGACAAAGUUAGCGCACAAAAACUCCAUGAAACAGAAUCACUAAGAUCCAUUCAAGCCCGUCCAAGGUCAAUUUCGGAGAGAAUCAUUCACAAGUUUUCAACAGUAAAUAAGCAACCUUCGAGCAUCCGCCACAACCCAUACCAUGAACUGGAAGCGGCAUAUGUAGCUCAGAUUUGCCUGACAUGGGAGGCUCUAAACUGGAACUACAAGAACUUUCAACGUAAAAGAGCUUCAAAACGAGACUUUGACCCCGGCUGCCCCGCCCACAUUGCGCAGCAGUUUCAGCAAUUUCAGGUUCUUUUGCAGCGAUACAUAGAAAACGAGCCCUAUGAACAAGGAAGACGACCUGAGGUAUAUGCAAGGAUGAGGCUUUUGGCUCCAAAGUUGCUUCUGGUUCCGGAAUAUCGAGAUUCUGAGGAUGAUCAAUUGAAGGAUGAAGGAUUUGCCUCCAGAAUUACGUCGCCUGCAUUUAUUAUAAUAAUGGAAGAAGGAAUCAGGACGUUCAUGAAUUUUCUCAAGGCGGAUAAAGAGAAAGCCUGUCAAAUUCUCAGGUCAUUCUUUGGCAGAACCAGAAAGCGAAGAGCCUCGGUGGAUCCGACUCUGCUUCAACUCAUGAAGAAAGUCAAUAAGAAAAAGAAGACAAAGGUGAAAGAUCUCCGACGGUCGAUGAAAUGCAUAAGGAGGAGAAAGCUGACGGCGGAUGAGGAGGUGGAGAUUCUGAUGGCUUUAAUAGACUUGAAAGUGGUGUCUAGGGUUUUGAGAAUGAAUGAUAUAAGUGAAGAACAGUUGCAUUGGUGUGAAGAGAAGAUGAGCAAAGUGAGUGUCAUGGAAGGCAAAUUACAAAGAGAUUCCUCUCCACUUUUCUUCCCUGCACAUUGAAGACCCACUUUACACGUCACAAAUAUUGCUUCCUGACUAGAUCAUGAAUAUGAAUUUCUGGAUAGAAUAAAACUAUACAUACAAACAAAUUAUACAAACUUAUUCGUACAAACUGAGAAAGCAGCUUGUGACCAAGUGAUGUGAUUAUUUACCUUUUUUCUCUCACUUCAAAAUCAUACAAUCAAAUACUAUAAUCUCAGUUUGUACAAAUAAAUUAUAUAAUUUGUUUGUGCAUAUAGUAUUAUUCUUAUGAGUAAUAUUAUACGUAUCUAUUUUGAGUAUAUAAAUUAGUACACACUUAAUGUUUGUCAUCAUGUGUUUGGGUGUAAGUUUUUCCUUAAUUCUAAACCACCAAUUAUAGGAUGACAUACAUUAAAUUUGUAUCUAUUUAUAUAUUCAAAAUGAACACGUAUAUUUUGUUAUACUCUUCUAGAUAUUCUGAAUAUUCUAAACCCUAAACACAUUUUGUAAAUAUUAUACAUAAAAGUCAGAUGAACCCAUUUCGUCAUCGAUAAGAAUCUGUUCAACAGGCGGCCUUCGACUUUAUUUUUCUUUGUAAAAGAUGGAUACAGAAAGGGCCUACAAAUCCAAGUGGCUGCAUGUGAGUGACAUGGAAGUUGGGAUAUGGAUUGAAGAAAGUGAAAGAGGAGAGACGAAGCAAAGAAGAAGAAGAUAGAGACAAGGGUAGCUUUAGUUUGCUUUAAUAUAUAUAGCUUUAUUGUUGUCUUUUGAAUUAGGGUUUAUCUUUAAGGGAGAUUUGAUGAGGUGACUUAAAAGAAGAGAAGAGGAGAGAAGAGAAAGCAAAGCUACCGUGGAAUAAAAGAAGGGCACAUGGUUAUACUCAAAAGGAUUAUUUGUAGUGAUAUCACAUGACCCACUUAGUUUGGGAAUUUAAAUUAUAAAUAUAAAUGAAUAAAAUUUUCCCAUUUUUUGAUGUA